AUGUCGACGCCGGCGAGGACGAGGAGGCGGUCUAUCUGCACGCCGGUGAUGGAGCAGGGCUCGCACUCACUCGAAAUCUCCGGGUACAGCCUGCACAAGGGCAUGGCCAAGGGCGACCACAUCUCGUCCGGCACCUUCUCCGUCGGCGGCCACGACUGGGCCAUCCGCUUCUACACCGACGGAGGCUCCUUCGUCCCCGGCGGGCCGACCCAGCCCUUCGUCUCCAUCUUCCUCGUGCUCCUCAGCAAGGGCGCCAAGGUCCGGGCGUCCUGCGGCCUGAGCCUGGUCGACCAGGCCACCGGGCUGCCGUCGCCGACGGCGACCCACCGGACGCCGGAGCCGCUGGAGUUCAGCUACGGCGACCCCACCAUGUACUUCCCCCACACCGGCUUCAUCAGCCGCGCCGAGCUGGAGGACUCCACCUCCCUCCGGGACGAUCGCCUCACCAUCCACUGCGACGUCACCGUGAUCAAACAACCCCUGGUGCUCACCAACAUGUUCAUCAACGAGAUCCCCGUGCCGCCGCCCAACAUCACCGAGCACUUCGGCAGGCUGCUGGUGGAGACGGGGGUGGGCGCGGACGUCACCUUCACCGUGGACGGGGAGACGCUCGCCGCGCACAAGCUCGUGCUCGCGGUGUGGUCGCCGGUGUUCAUGGCGGAGUUCUUCGGGCCGAGGAAGGAGGCGACGGCGGCGCGCGUCGCCAUCGAGGACAUGCCGUCCGACGCGUUCAGCGCCCUCCUGCAUUUCUUCUACACCGAUGAUGUUCCAGGUGACGCUGACAGCACACUGAUCCAGCAUUUGCUUGUUGCUGCAGAUAGGUACGAUGUGGGCAGGUUGAAGACGAUGUGCGAGAGCAUGCUCUGCGACGGUCUUGAUGUGGGGAACGUGGCAGAUGUGCUGCCAUUAGCUGACCAUCAUAAUUGCCCUAGGCUUAAGAACUGUUGCUUCGAACUUAUGAAUAGAUCUGAUGCGGCGAAAGCAGUGAAGGAAACCCGUGCUUACAAGGAUCUCAAAAGGAAGUGCCCUCAUAUCUUGGCAGAAGCAUUUGGGUUCAAGACAAGCAGGUUGCGUAAAAAAAGUUGAGGUGGCACCUACUAUUUUCAAGGGAGAUGCUGUCAACGGAUUUUUCUUCUAUUUUUUUUAGAGAAAAGGUUUCCCUCGCUUUAUUACAAGAACAAAGCAUACAAAAGUACCACAGGUUCAACCGAUUUUUCUUGUAUUUGUUGUUUUUUAUUCAUGAAGGUGAUCAAUACUAACUUCUUCUCUA